AUGACCGUCCCACGCCCCAAGGUCAAUGGAUCUACAGCAUUGCCCUUUAUUCAGCUGAGCGACGGCUCGGUAUCGUCCAAAACAGCUCCGCCGACACCUACCAACAAGGCCUCUCCUUCAGAACGCGCACGCCUUUGCUUCGCUGUGAAAGGCCACGUAGUUGUCACCGGUGGUGCGGGUGAUAUCGGCUCCGUCGCGUGUCGGGCAUUGCUGGAACACGGCUUGGAGGGCCUAGCUAUUUUCGAUAUAUAUCCUCUUGAGGGCGACAAACUUGUAAAUGUGACCGACGAGGCUGCGGUGAACGAAGCAGUUGCUCAAGCCGAAGCUCUGUUCGGCACUAUCGAUAUCGGUCUAUGCUUUGCAGGAAUCACGCAGGCUAUUCAUGCGCUCGAUAUAAGUGCAAAGGACUGGAGAAAGAUGUUUGAGGUCAAUACGGCUGGUGCUUUCCUCGUUGCUAUCAUUCUUAUAGCGAGCAUCUCUGCUUUUACUGCGAACUUUCCUCAACCUCAAGUCUAUUACAAUGCCUCUAAAGCUGCUCUUAUAUCCGCUAAGGGGUCAUUGGCAGCGGAGUGGGCUAGAUAUGGCAUCCGAGUCAACAGCAUCAGCCCAGGCUACAUGGACACAAUUCUGAACGAGGGGAACAGCCUUGAAGAGUAUCGGCGUACCUGGGUCACCAGGCUGCCCUACGGGCGUAUGGGCCAGCCAGAGGAGCUAACGGGGGCCGUUAUUCUGCUUUGCAGCUCCGCAGGAAAUUACAUUACCGGCGCUGAUAUCCUUGUGGACGGUGGGAUCACUAUAUUUUGA